UGCAAAAUUAUUAUUGGAUUCUAAUAAUAAAAAUGGAAAAAUAAUAUUUUUAAAGGAAACUAUGCUUAGAAAGACUUAAAGUAUAAUAAGAAUUAUAAUAUAGUGAUUUUUUUUCGUCUAUUAUGCUCAGUUCUGAUUACCAUCGAUCAGACAAACAGAAAAAAUUUAUUGUUAAUAGUUUGCAAAAUUCAGAAUUUUCAUUACAAUCGCAAAAUAAUACACAGCAUUCCAAUUUAAUACAAUAUCAGGAUCAGUCGAACUCUUCAAAUUUUUCAUUUCAACAACAAAAUAAUACAACGAGUCAGAUAAAAGACGAUAAUAUUAAAAUAUAUGGGAAUCCGCCAAUUGUUUCACAAAAGCUUGGUCAAAAAUUAUUGUUUACUGCUGAUUUUGAAAUAAAUGAUGUACCCUUAAAUAUUAGGAAUAUAUUAACAAAGGGCCAAAUACAGGAUGAAAUUGGAAAUUUCUCAGGCACAUCAAUUUCAACUCGAGGAAGAUAUAUUUCACCAACGGAAAAGUGUCGUGACGAAAACAUAUCGAAAUCGGAUGCGACAGUUAAUAUUGGAAUACAACAGCAAACAAGAUCAUUAUAUCUAUUUAUUCAGGGAACAUCUCAACAUUCUGUCGCGUGUGCAGUAAGAAAAAUAAACGAAAUAAUUCAUAAUAAUUCUAACCGAAUGAAUAAGUUCAGCAAUAACAACAUAAUACAACAACCAUCUCAGGGUUUUUCCUCGAUGCAAAAUAACACGAUGGCGCCUGUACCAAACAUACUUACAAAUAUAAACUUAAAUCAACAAUCACAACAGCAACAGCAAGUUCAAACAAUACAAGCAAUACAAGAACAACAAAUAGCGGCACCUUUUUUUGAAAAAAUUAUAAUUGGAUUAGAACAUGCUCCUCCAGCUUUUAAUUUGCGUGAGCAAAUAAUUGGAAGCGGUGGUGCCAAUCUUGCUUAUAUACAAAAUGAAACCGGGGCAAUCACUCAAUUGCGCGGGCGUGGUUCCUUUAAUAUAGAUCCCAAUUUAGGUGUAGAAUCUCCGGAACCACUUCAUAUUUAUUUGGAGCACCAACGUCUUGAUGGUCUACAAGCUGCUAAACAAUUGACCAAAAAUUUAAUUGAAACUUUACAAAGUGAACUUGCGCAUUUUCAACAAAUAAAUGGUUUACCCGUAAAUCCGGGUCCCGUUGCAAACGGCACUAUAUCGAAUUCAAUUCCACCACAACAACAGCAAACACAGCUUAUCUGCGGUCAGUCUAAUAUUACACAAAGAUUACCACCCCAUCCACCAAUAUUAGCAGUUCCACCCCCUACAUUAAUUCAGCAAACACAUGUUGAGCAACCAAAUCAAACAGCCAUUUUACACCAAAAUUUUAUGCAGCAAAAUCAACCGCCACCACCUCCAACUUUGGGUGCUCCGCCACAAACCGUUCAAUCCCAACCAACUAUUAUACAUCAACAAAUCAUUCCACAAACAGUUCCCUUUCAAUUGCAGCAAAACAACAUGGUCCUUCAACAACACCCCCAGCAAACUACUGUUCUCCAACCUCCUCCAGGAACAACAAUCACAAAUAUACCACCACCAGGGAUAUCUAUACCAUUAAAGCCAGGUCAAUUAAUUCAAGUUCAACAACCACCACCUCAAUUGCCACAACUUAAUCAACCACCUCCAAAUGUCCAGUUACAAUCAGCAGCGUCUGGGACUCAGAUAGUGUUAAAUCAUCCACAAAAUUAUCAAUAUCAAUAUAUUCAACAACAAAUACCACAAACAGGGGAAGUUCAUAUGACUGGAAAUCAACAAAUGUCAAUUCAACCGGUUCAACCCAUAUAUCAAUCAGCACAACAGCAAAUUCAAGUUCAACCCACUGUAAUAGCAACAGGGAAUACUUCUCAAUUACAGCAUACUUUUGACCAGCAGCAGAUACGUCAAGCUCCCCCCCAAUUCCACACGCAGAUGAAUGGAACAGCAGGACAGCCGCAAUAUAUUGUACAGGGUAACACUGCUUAUGUGGUGCCUCAACAACAGACAACUAUUAUUCAUCAUCCUGCGAUCGCUACACAUCCAGGGCAAAAUCCACAAAAUAUUAUUUUCCAACAACCUCAUCAAAUUCAACAAAUUCCAGUUCAACAACCGAUAUCAAUCCAAAAUGUGCCACCACCAUCUGUUAUUGCACAAUCAAAUGGUCAAUUUCAACAGCAUAUCCAACAGCAGCAACAAAGAAUAAUACAACAAUCACAUCAAAAUCAACAGCGGCAAGUGCAACAACAGCAACAAGUACAGCAACAACAGUUAGCUGAGCAACAACAAAAUUCGCAAAAUACCCAGGAAUUAGGAGUCCAAUGCCAGACAGAUAUAAAAGAAGAAAUAAAAUGUGAGGAAAAUGGACCUUCAUCACCCUUAUCCCAAAAAACACCUGAAGAGAAUAAGUCGGACGAUGCUCAAUCGAAUGAUGAAUUAAAUACCGAAAUAACAAGUCAAACAACAACAUCUACCACAAAUUCUACGUCUAUGAUUCCGACUUCCAUUCAACAAAAUAUUUCUUUAAAUUCAAUUAGUGCCAUUAAUAUACCAACUAGCAGUCAAUUAUCAAACACACAGGGAUCAAUUACUCAACAUUCGCAUCCACAAACUUCAACUCAAGUUCAACAUUUGGUUGGUAAUGCGUUAAUAGCAUCAACCCCAGCAAUAGUAACUUCAACAGCGAAUCAAGUAUUAGCUACACAAAUACCUGUCUCAAUGCAGCAGAUGACACAAAGUGGCCAACACUUUGUCGUAAGUGCUGCUCCACAAAAUUUUCAAAAUAUGCAACAACCACUACAAGUUCAAUCAAUAAUGCAACCUGGAAUGAUUUCAAAUGUAACUGGAACUACUCAAACCAUUCAACAAGCUAUCCAACAAAUUCAACAUCCAAAUGGUAUUAUUCAAAACGUGCAUAUUUCUAAUGCUCCCUCCGGUCAUUCAGGAACAACAAUGAAUAUCAAUGCUAGUAAUCAACAAGCAGUUUCAUUGCAGUUGCAAUCUCAACCAGUUCAAGUACAAUUACAAUCUGUAAACCAAAUACAUAAUAUCGAUCAAUCAAAUGCAUCAGUUCAAAUUGGUUCACAAAUACAUAUUCCCCAACAACAACAACAGUUCAUAAUACAAAAUCAAAAUAUACAACAACAGCAAGUUGGAAGUAUAAUGAAUAUUCAACAACAGCAGCAACAAUCACAACAAACUUCCCAGACUUUGCUUACACAAUUUCAACAACCACAAUAUAAACACAUUCCUUUGUCUGAUCAACAUGUACGAAUGAUUGGCCAUAAAAGAAAAUUUAACGACGACGAGAUCGGCCCACCUAAUCAUCAACCCCGUAUGGGAAUAGGUCAACAAAUACGAAUGCCUGUUUCUAUGAUAAAUAUGGGAUCUCAACAUCAUCAGCAACCACCACCGCCACCACCUAUAACAAUGCCACAACCUGUUCAGAAUUCGAAUAAUAAUGAUCAAAGUGGUGGGAAUAAAAAUAAUGUUACAGAUGAAAUGAAUAAUCAAAAAUCUCAAACUGAUGUGGUACAACAGCAACAACAACAGCAGCAUGCUCAACAACGUCCGAAUUUUUAUCAUGAAACUUUUGAUAUGAAUGGACCACCACCAAGACCUUUACAAAGACAAAUGAUUCCUGGAGCCAUGCAACAACAUAAUGGUCCAAGACUACAAAGAUUUCAUCCAAUGAUGUCAAAUAGUGGCCCCGGAAAUUUCCAAAUGAGAUCAAAUUUUAGACAAAUGCCCCCAGAAAUUAUGGGUAAUCAAGGUCAUCAAAUGAGUGGAAUGCAUUCAAUGCAAAGAAUGAAUUUUAAUAAUAAUUCUACUGGUUUAGGUUCUCAACAGCAGCAGCAACAACAACAGCAGUCGCAGCAAUAUCGUAAUGAUUGCCAACCAAAUAUGAACGGCGGAAAUUAUGGACCUAAUCCCCGUUUUAGGGGACAAUGGUAAACAAAAAAAUAAAUUUUGUCAUUUUAUUUUAGUCUCUUUCUAUAAUUUCUAAUUAUUUUAUUGCCUGAAACUGAAAAAUUAAACAUUUAAUAGCAACAGUAUGGCAUAGAAUUAAUAUUUUUAAUUUAGCUUGAACUCAAUUAAUUAAGUAAUUUAAGAAAUUGAUUUGAAAUUAGUUAAAAAAAAUAUUUCAAUAGACUUGAAAUUUAUUUAAAAUAUAUUUUAAAUUAUACUUAUUACUAAGUAGAUGUUAAGAAUAAAAAAAGGGUAUAAAAAUAUAAUUGAUAUGCUUAUAGAAAGAAUAUUAGCAUUAGGAUUAAAAUUACCCAAUUUUGAGUGUUGAUUGAAAAAAUUUUAUAGUACGCAUACAUAUACAAUAACUUUUAUAAAAUGUAUUUAUCAUUAUUAUAUAUGUACAAACAUAUAUUAUUAAAUUCAUUAUAUGUGUAUAAAAUAUAAUAUUACUUAACCACAUUGAAUGUCCAUUAAUUUUUUACAUAUUUAAAAAGGGUUAAAAAAAGUAUUUUUUUUUAAACGAUUGAUUUUUAGAUUGAUAGUUCAUAUUGCAUGUAUUUAUGAAAAUUCGAAUAAAUUAAAAUAAAAGAAUUAAAAAAGUCAAUAAGAAGCACUAACUGAGCUGUGAAUGAAUAUAAAAAGAAUAAUAAAAUUAAUAUAAUUCAUAAUUUUAAUUUAUGAAAAAUAUUUUGAAAAUUGCAUCUAUGUAAGCCUGUUAAACAAUAUUAACAUAAGGCAAAACUGCAUACAUUAAUUUUUAUCAAUAACAAUGCUUCCGCGAUCUAAUAUGUAUUAAAUUUCUUUAAAAAAAUAGUUUUUAUAUAUAUGGAUAUUAAUAUUUUACUGAUGUUUAUUAUUAUCAAAAUUGUAUAUUGUCAGGAAUAUUUUCAAUGUAAAUUAUAAAAUAUCUUGUUGCUAAAUAGUGGUUAACAUUUAUAAAUUUUAUUAUCAAUUGUUUGAUAAAAAUUUAUAUAUUAAUUUUAUUUAAUUGCAUAUUUCUUUACAUGUGCUGCUUUUACUUGUACAUUUUGACAAAUUUUGAAUUAAUAAUGUAUGAUUUUUUUCUUGUAUGAAUACUUAAAUUCUAAGUCAUUUUUUUUUUAAUUUAAUAUAUUAUGUAUGUAUGUGUAUUUAUUUAUGUAACACGAAAAUAUUUUUUAUAUUAUUGAUAAGAAUUCUAAUAUGGAAAAAUAAUAUUCAAAUAUUUUGUUCUUCCAUAAUUAAAUUGAUUAAAUCAAAUUUAAGUUCUUUACACAUAAGUAUAUGCUCAAAAAUGAAUUUCAGGAAAUAAAUCGAAAAAUAAUUUUUUUUUAUAAUUAAAUACUUACUUAUAAGUGAUUUUAAUAGUUUUAUUUUUUUUUAUAAUAAAAUUCUUACCUGUAAGUGCAUAUUUAUAUUAACUUUUCAUUCUGUUUUUCUUUUUUCAAAACUGUAGAAAAUUAUCAUAAUUGCAUAAUUAACUCAAAAUCAAUUAAGAUAAACAUACGUUUAAUUCGAUUAAAGCGAAAAUUUUU